UAAACUCCGACCAGCUCGCAGCUCUUAUUUCGCUUGGCUGACAUAAAAUGCACGAAGUGCCGAUGGAGAUUUGUUCGCGUGUUUGACACAUUUUUGAACCGAUUCUGAUUACAAAUGAAAAUACAAUCGGGAAUUAUCAUCCGCAGUAAGUAACCGACCUCUACCCGUUCGACUAACCGCAGCGGCUAACAAAAACAUUGCCACCUUUUGCACUAACAUCCAGAUGACACAUACAUUAAUAAGCUUCUAAAUGUCAAAAGAAUCUAGCAUAAUGGCAUCCAUCAAGGAUAAUCAGGAUGUGGCAUGCUUCUAUGUCACAAAGCACUCCUGGAAAGGAAAAUAUAAACGGAUAUUUUCCAUUGGCACCCUGGGAAUAUCUACUUACCAUCCCAACACCCUGGAGGUCACCAAUAAAUGGGUGUAUGCAGAUAUUAAGUCCAUCACAGCCACCAAUGUCAACAAUGAGUUUAAAAUAAAUGGGAAGAGGGAUCGCAAGAUUGAGACCAUGACAUUUUCAACAGAACACAGAGCAAUCUUAAUGACUGAAGCACUCAGAUAUAGGCAUCAAUUUAGUGAUAAACCAAAGGAAAUACUUAGAUAUCAUGCAUACAAACACCAUUGGUCAGAUGUGAGAUUGCCUGUCAUUCUGGAGGUGACUCCUUACUCACUGGAUCAACUGGAUACAGCUACUAAUACUGUACUUGCAAGUUAUUGUUACAAAGACUUUGAGGGUGUCUGCACUGUAGCUGAUUAUCCUGGUGGUUUUAUUGUGGUGUGUGGAGGGUUUGGGAGGCUCCAUCUGUUUGCUUCCGUUGAUGCUGAUCAGAUAAAGCAGAAAAUAUCUGAGUAUGCUAUGGAAUACUUGGGUAUUAACAUCAAAGUGCCGCAAACGCUGAUUACUUUGGAGGAUUUUCAAAUGCAACGUUUUGGUACCUUUAGUGGUGAUGAACACCAGACCUCUGUAUCCGAAUUUCAAGUAUAUAAAAUUCACAAACCUCGACACGCCGAACCACUUCGAAGGACGUUGUGUUUGUCGGAGACUUGUAUUCUGGAACGUGAUCCGCAAACGUACAACAUUUGUACUCUCAGACCGUUGAGUGUUAUCUUUGCGUUGGUGCGGAGUAACGAGAAUCCACAAUUAUUUCAAAUAGAAUAUAUAAAUGGGCAAAUCAGGACUUAUACAGCCACCGAUAGAGAUUCAUUAUUGGCAUCAUUGUUGGAUGGUGUGAGAGCCUCGGGCAAUCGCGACGUUCACAUUUCAAUGACGCCUACUGAACGCGGUUUCCGUUUUGGGCCAUUACACCUACCCGUAGACGAAGAAUCUGAAAUUAUUCACGUGAAAUACCUGCAAAAUCCACCGGCAAAACACCCGUUCUCUGAAUGUGUCCGGCGCUUCAACGCGAAUGCACCCUACAGCGGAUUACUUCACAGUAUCCAAGAAGGAAUUUUUACUGAGAAUAAAGAUAAAAUCAUCACCAAUGCUAUGCAGUCGUUAGUGCAGAAAGACGCCGAACAAAAUGCACUUUCUAACGUUGAAUUGGAGGGUCAGUUUCAGGCACUUCGUCGUUUGGUUGCCAGUAAGGUCGGAUACGCCGCUUUCACAUCGUUGCCAGGUUUUCGAGAGGCUGUUGGUGCUAAAGUGAUAUCUGCGUUGAGGCGGAAUGAUUACGGUGUUACCUAUGCGGCGAUAGAUGUGAUAUGUGCGUUUAUGCAUCCAACGCAUGAUGGAUAUGAUCUUAGAAUGGAGCAAAUGAACAAAUCAUCAUUGCUGCAAUCGAAAAACUUCUUGGAGAACUUGCUGAAUAUGUGGACAACUCAUAUUAAACACAAUACCGGCGCACUUGUGGUAUCAGCAAUGUUGGAUUUUCUAACAUUUGCAUUGUGCGUACCCUACAGUGAGACCACAGAUGGGAAACAUUUUGAUAUAUUAUUGGAAAUGGUUGCUGAACGCGGACGCAUCCUAUUUCAUUUAUUUCAACAUCCAUCUAUGGCAAUUGUGAAGGGGGCAGGUUUAAUUAUGCGUGCGUUGAUUGAGGAAGGCGAAGCUGAGGUUGCAACGAAGAUGCAGGGUUUAGCGCUUGCUGAAGGUGCUCUACCGGGACAUUUAUUGGCAAGUUUAUACACGAUCGGUUCCGAUAGUAGAUUACUAACUCAUCGUCAACUAUCCCGACAUCUGGUUGGUUUGUGGAUAACGGGCAAUUCUACAGCUAUGGGAUUAUUGCGAAGGGUAAUGCCUUCUGGUUUGAUAGGAUUCUUAGAUUCCACCGAAUCUGUGCCAGAGAAUAUCUCUGAGGUUGAGAUGUUAAAUCAUAGAGACAAUUUGAAAAUGGCUCAAGAUCAUUCCAACAAAAAUAAAAGAGGUGCUACUUUAGCGGCCGUGGAGCGGCAGUUACGAAAUGUUGAAAAGAAGGUAGAACACUAUACCAAUUUAGCAAAACAACAUUGGGGCGUGCAAAUGGGCAUUGGUAUCGACCGACGCGAUGCAUUAAAAGAUCGCCCGAUUGUCUUGCGAAGGCGGCGCGAGCGUGUUAAAGCGGAAGCUAAUUGGAAACUUUUUUAUUGGAAGUUCAAUCAGGAUCAUGCGCUCCCAAACCUUAUUUGGAAUCACAAAACUAGAGAGGAGUUGCGUAUAGCACUAGAGAAAGAAAUUCAGUUGUUUAAUUCAGAUCGCGAGCUUGCUGGCACGUCACUCGUCGCUUGGAAUCAUCAAGAAUUCGAACUAACUUACCAGUGCUUAGCGGAAGAGGUGAAAAUAGGUGACUACUAUCUAAGACUGUUGUUGGAAAUGGACGAUUCUGAUGAUUCGCCAAUUCGAAAAUCGUACGAGUUCUUUAACGACCUCUAUCAUCGAUUUUUGCUUACAACGAAAUCGGAAAUGAAAUGCAUGUGUUUACAGGCAAUGUCAAUAGUAUACGGCCGUUAUUAUGAGGAUAUUGGUCCGUUUAGUGAUACCAAAUACAUUACCGGGAUGCUGGAUCGUUGUUUUGAUAAGGCUGAACGUGAUAAACUAGUAUUGUUUGUGAACAAACUGAUUUUGCAUCGGAGGAAUGUGAGAGAUGUAUUAGAAGCGGGUGGUAUUAGGAUUUUAGUUGAUAUGUUAACUCUAGCGCAUUUGCACACUUCUCGGGCGAUGAUUCCAGCGCAAUCAAAUGUAAUAGAAGCUGGUCCGAACCAAAACAUAGAAACCGAAAAAGAAUGGUACUAUAACAGCGACGAAUCGGGGAAACCUGUACCUGUCGGUCCAUUUAAUUUCAAAAAGAUGAAAGAAUUAUAUGAAGAAGGUAAAAUUACCAAGAAAACCAAAUGCUGGGCGGUAGGCAUGGAAGGUUGGAAGACGGCAAUGCAGUUACCACAGUUGAAGUGGUGUUUAAUGGCAAGUGGAAAUCCGUACAACAAUGAAACUGAUUUGGCUUGUUCUAUUUUAAAUGUCCUAAUCAAAAUGUGUGAUUAUUACCCGAGUCGCGACCAGGAUGGAGCUAUCAUCAGGCCAGUGCCAAGAGUGAAGCGGAUGCUCUCGGAUAGGACAUGCCUUUCACACAUUGUUCAAUUAUUGCUAACUUUUGAUCCGCUGUUGGUGGAGAAAGUCGCAACUUUACUUACAGAGGUAAUGCAGGACAACCCUGAAAUGAAGACACUAUAUUCGACAGGAGUAUUCUACUUCAUUCUUAUGUAUACCGGCAGUAAUGUGUUACCUAUUGCCCGAUUUUUACAACUCACACACAUGAAGCAAGCAUUUAAAGCAGAUGAGUCGGCAACGACCGACAUUAUGCAAAGAAGUAUACUUGGCCAUCUACUACCAGAGGCCAUGGUGUACUAUUUGGAGAAUCAUGGUGCCGAUAAAUUUGCGCAGAUAUACCUCGGCGAGUUUGACACGCCGGAAGCCAUCUGGAAUGCGGAAAUGCGACGCCUCCUCAUUCAAAAGAUCUCCGCGCACAUUGCCGAUUUCUCACCAAAGCUCCGCAGCCAUACGAUGGCGCGUUACACGUAUAUUCAGAUUCCAGCAGUACGGUAUCCGCAGUUGGAGCGAGAACUAUUUUGCAACAUAUUUUAUUUGAGGCAUCUCUGUGAUACGAACAAAUUCCCCAAUUGGCCAAUUUCAGAGCCUGUAAAGCUACUUAAGGACGUGUUAGACGCGUGGCGCUCGGAGGUGGAGAAAAAACCGCCGGCGAUGACGGUGGAAGAGGCUUAUAAUUCUCUGGGCCUUGACGGUACACCGGAGGAGGCGACAAUACGUAAGGCGUAUUAUAAAUUGGCAACCAAGUUUCAUCCGGACAAGAAUCCGGAUGGCCGUGAACGAUUCGAACAAGUCAAUCAGGCGUACGAGUUCCUUUGCAGCCGAAGCAGCUGGCGAGAUGGUCCCAAUCCGCAUAAUAUUGUUCUUGUAUUGCAAGCACAAAGUAUUUUGUUCCAUAGAUAUUCAGAUGUUUUACAACCAUAUAAAUACGCUGGAUAUCCGCAAUUAAUCAAAACUAUUAAGAUUGAAACCGCCGAUGAUCAAUUGUUCUCCAAGACUGCGCCGCUUUUGACAGCGGCAUGUGAAUUAGCGUACCACACCGUUCAUUGUUCAGCAUUAAAUGCAGAAGAACUGCGAAGGGAAGGCGGACUUGAAGUUCUGCUUGAAGCUUAUUCGCGCUGCGUGAACGUGAUAAACAAUUCAUCAAAACCGGAAGAGACCUGCGUAGAAGUUUCAAAGCACAUCACGCGCUGCUUCAGCGUAGCGGCACAAUUCACAGGCUGCCGUGAAAAAUUGAUUGAAAUGCCCGAAUUAAUCCGCGAUCUUUGCAGAAUAUUAUAUUUCAAGAAACUGACGCGGCUCUGUUACAUUGCGACCGAGUGCGUAAGUGCCCUAGCGCGCGAUGCUAUUUUACAGAUGCAAUUGUUGAAGUCGGGGGCCUUGUGGCACUUAUUGACGUUUAUGUUUAACUAUGAUUAUACUCUAGAGGAGGGCGGUGUUGAGAAAAAUGAGAGUGAAAACCAACAAGAGGUCAGCAAUCGUCUGGCGAAGGAAGCUGUGCGGGCGUGUGCAAAACUUGGCGGUUACUUGAAAGGCGAGGAUGAAUCACCGGAAAAUGCGGUUACCAAAAGUAUUCUUGAAACAUUACUUACACCUUAUCUUGCGAACCAGAUGGGUAAUGACAACCCGGAAGAGAUGUUAAAAACCUUAAACAGUAAUUGUGAAACACCGUAUUUGGUUUGGGAUAAUGGCACUAGAAUGGAACUAACCGAGUUCUUAGAGAAUCAGUGUCAAGCCAGGGAAGAAGCAGUAAUUGAAAUUGAUUCAAAUGUAUUUGUCUUUUCGGCACAUAAGGACGAAUUGAUAAUUGGUGGCAUUUUUGUGCGGAUUUACAACCUUCAGCCGACUUUCCACAUUAUUAAUCCAAAGUGUUUUGCGGUUGAUUUACUGACGUUUUUGUCGGAGCAAUAUAAUCACAUCAGGGAACUGGUCAAUAUAGCCCUUUCUGUAACUAUUGAAACGCGACUUACCAACUCCAUUAUGGCGCUUACGGCUCUGGGAUAUUUGAUACAGAACAAUUCUGGAGUGGAAAUUCAAUGUAUCGGCCAUUUUAGAUUGUUGUUUAACUUUUUAAAUGUUGCGCACAGCAGUGUACAAAAAGCCGCUUUGAAUGUGAUAUCUAUCAUAACCAGAAAUAAUGAGUGCGUUAAUGAUAUUGCCGCUAGCGAAGUGCUUGGCUAUCUCUUACUAGUAUUGUAUACUAUUCAGGACUCACAGCCUCAGAUACUUGAUAUACUUUACGCCCUUAUGUCAACAACAAAGCUGGUUAAGGAGGCACUUAGUAAAGGCGCAGUAAUAUAUUUGCUGGACCUUUAUUGUAAUGCGCCGAUAUUUCAAAUCCGAGAGACGUGCGCCAGUCUGAUAGCGAAAAUGAGCGCGGAUAAAUUAGUCGGGCCGAAGGUGCGCCUCACAAUUGGCACAUUCCUGCCGCCGAUCUUUGCGGACGCCAUGCGCGACAGUCCGGAAACGUCUGUGAGUAUGUUUGAGAGCGAGCAUGAGCAUCCAGAAUUGAUUUGGAACCAGGAGGCAAAAGACCGAGUUUGCGCGACGGUUGCAAGACUUCGUAGAGAGCAUCAAAGUGCUCAAGCGCAAAAUCCAUAUUUACUAUGGAAGAUGCCGGACAAUAAUGGUUUAACUAGUGUGGCGCAUCCGAACGAGUAUGUUGUGGGUGGUGUUUACCUACGAAUAUUUGUUUCAAAUCCCACGUGGACUUUGCGGAAGCCUAAGGAGUUUCUCUCGGAAUUAAUGGAGACCUGUCUGACUCUCAUGGCGAAAGAAAAACCGAACGUGGAUUUUCUCGAAAUGGCUACAAAUGCGCUGUGCGCGUUGUUGCAAGCCCAACCCGCUUUGUUGGAUAUGGUACCGUCAAUGGGUCACAUUCCGCGGCUGUGCAGACAAAUGGGAUGCAAUAUUAGACAAGUUUCUGUUCCUAAAGCUUCAAUCCAAAUACUGCAUGCCUUAUCAAAUAGUACAAUUUGUAUAACAGCUAUUGCACAGACGGAAUGCAUGCAUGCUCUGAAGCAGGCGAUGCAAGUACGUAAGGAUAUGGUUCCGGUGGCGUGCGAAACUCUGAAUAGAUUGUUCUCAGCGAAUCAAGAUCAGCUUGUCAAGCAAGCACUGGACGUUGAUUUUGUCCAAUUUUUGUUAGAAUUGCUCGAUGGCCGCCUGGAAAUUGCAGAAAACCCAGCAAUGACCAAAGCGCAAAUUGUUAAAGCGCUCAAGGCAAUGACGCGAAGUUUACUACACGGUGAUAAAGUUACUAUCAUACUGGACAAGAGUUCAGUGUGGUGUGACUACAAAGGUCAAAAGCACGAUUUGUUUAUUUCUAGUGCACCAACCAUAGGAUAUCUCACAGCUGGUACUCCAACAUCGGCCGGAUAUUUAACUCAAGGGCCAAGUAAUAAUAAACUGGUAUCGGGACCACCGCCGGUUGAUAAGGACGAUACUUGUUUCACGCCGGAUCACAUUUGACAAACUUGUAAGAUAGCAAGCUUUAAUGAUAAGAAUGUAUCUCUGAACACUUGCAUUCCAUGCGCGAAUGGAAACCAUGAAGAUUCUUACAAAUAAGUUUUAAUGGAUUAUUUAAGAAAAAAAUCAGUGAAAACAAAAAUUGUCUUGUAUUCAAUACAAAUUGUUUAUGUAAAAUAAUGUAAAGUAUUUGUAUUUUAUUAUUCAUUAAGUAUAAGAAGAAGAAAUUAA